CCGCCUCGUCGCGUUUCCUCGGGGUUGGGUCGGACCAUUUCCCCUCAGAAGAGAAAGGAGGCGUGUCACUGGCAGUCCCAUCGUCCUUGGGCGAAUGUUUCCGUGUCUUCAAAUCUGAUCAACUCUUUUUGUGUUUUCAGAAGAUCAGUAAACAGUCCAGAAGAAAAGGACCAUCUACUGCUGGAGCAAGCUCAAGCAAUAGCAACUCAUUUUGGAGGACUUAAGUGAGCAGGAGGCUCUUCCCGCUGGUAUCCGGCGACCGGCACGAAGGAGAAGGAGAAGGUGGAGAGGGGAACAGCAGCAGAGAUUUGGGUUGAUUCUGAAAGACAGGAAAUACCAGGAAACAUGAUGCACGACAUUGGAACCAAAGCCAUGGAAGUGUAUGAGUACCUCCUGAAUGGAAGGGAUGUCCGGAUAAGGGACUACCCUUUGAUGCAUGGCCCUGGUACAAUGUCAACCAUCCUGUUGGCCUACAUAAUUUUUGUUCUCUAUGCGGGACCCCGAUUCAUGGCCAGUCGUAAGCCCUUCGAGCUGAAGGGUUCAAUGAUCUUCUACAACUUCUCCUUGGUGGCCCUGUCCAUUUUUAUCGUUUAUGAGUUCCUGAUGUCUGGGUGGGUCACCAGCUACAAUUGGAGAUGUGAUCCAGUUGACCUUUCAGAUAGCCCUGAGGCACUAAGAAUGGUUCGGGUGGCCUGGUUGUUCCUCUUUUCAAAAUAUAUUGAACUCAUGGACACGGUUUUCUUUGUCCUGCGUAAAAAGCGUGGCCAAAUCACAUUCCUGCACAUCUUUCACCAUUCCUUCAUGCCUUGGACCUGGUGGUGGGGUGUCUCCUACGCACCCGGUGGAAUGGGGUCCUUCCAUGCCAUGGUCAACUCCGUGGUCCACAUUAUCAUGUACUUCUACUAUGGGCUCUCUGCUGCUGGUCCCCGCUUCCAGAAGUACCUCUGGUGGAAGAAGUACAUGACGGCCAUUCAGCUAGUCCAGUUUGUUCUAGUAUCCCUCCACGCCACCCAGUACUACUUCAUGGACUCCUGCGGCUACCAGGUCCCCCUGUUCCUCCACCUCAUCUGGAUCUACGGCACCUUCUUCUUCAUCCUCUUCUCCAACUUCUGGUACCAGGCCUACACCAAGGGCAAAAGGCUGCCCAAGCAGGCGGAGAAGGAGAAGGAGAUGCAGAACGGCACGGCCGGCGGGCCUACCCCAGUGGCCAACGGCAAGCACCACGAGAACGGCAGCGCUCACCACGAGAACGGCAGCACCCUCAACGGGAAAGUGAAGAAAGCCUAGCCCCCACAGGAAACGAACGCGCAAAACGUAUUGGAAAAAAACCUCCGACAAACACCACGGAAUCCAAAGUAUGUUUUGUUUUUUUUGUUUCUUUUUCCACUUAAAAUGUUCUUAUGCACAAAACAUGGGGAGAUGACAUUUUUAUUGGUGUCAGCAGUUGGUUUCCCCCUCUGCUUUCUUAAAUGGGGAAUUAGACUGUGGAGCACAAUGUAUGAAGAGAAGACCUCAUCUGAAGUAAUCUUCACUGAUGGUGCCCUUGAACCCAGGGUCAAAACUGCCUGUGCUAGCUCCCCUCACCCCUUCGCCCCUUAACCUCUUAGGCAGGCCUGACUCCCCCUGUGGACAGAUAAACUUGAUGAACUUGAAUACGUUUGUAAAUAAGGUUUUCACUGUCAGAACCAUUGGGACUGCUGUGGUUGAGACGGCCUCUAGACUGUCCUGCUGUAUGUAAGUUAAUUAAAUUAAAUGCAACUACAUUUAAAUAAAAAACAUUUAAAAAUAAGUGACUGGGUCUUGCACAUUUUUUUAAAGCAUCAAUGUUCUGCCUUUUUGGAUAGAGCUUUGGUCAAAGUGUAACAGCCACCCAAGUUGCUUUUGGACAUUUCACCAAAUUGUGAUAUUUCCUAAAAUAUGUUGACUAGAUUUAACUUUUCUUUAGUAUACCUUCUUUUUCUUCCCAAGACUUUUUUGGUUUGUGAAUAUUGAAAAGUAUAUGUGCCCAAAAAGAUCUAUCACAGGCAGUUUUGAUCCCCAUCUGGAUACACUGUGGAGUACAAUAUAUCUAUAUAAAAGUAAUUUUACAGCUAACAUAUUUUAAUAAAAAUGGUAUGUCCUGAAAAUGGCAUAAGCAAAUGUUGGAAAAAUAAUUGCACUUUGCAUGUUGGUCCAUCACCUUUCAAUAGUACCGUAUGUAAGGUUAUUUUCAAAAUGAUAAAAAGUAAGGUUACAUUUCAGGUCCAGAAAAAUGCAAAUGCCUACUUAAUCAUAUUCACUGAAGCUCAAUAUUUGUGUGUUUUUACUUUUCAUAAUUAGUUUACAUCAAGGGUUAGAAUUCCUGUCAGUGAAAGCGUUGUUUUUGAUGUCAUCAACUAUUAAUUAAAAAAUUCAUGGUCUCUAA